GCUACCGGAGUGUAGUGCACGUGUUUGUUGUGUCGGGUUCACCGCAUUUACACGUGCUUAACAUUAUCUGCCAAUAACAAACAAUUAGUGACAAGAAGUGAAAUUAAAAUUAAUAACGUACGUUUAGUGACAGUGGAACGAGUUAUCAUGGAAUUAUCUUGCACCGAAAAUCCGUCCGUAGUCAAUUUCGCACAGAAGGAUCCAAAUAUUUUCUGCGAUAGAAGAGUUAUUGAAAAUUUGUUGAAAGACGAAAGGAAGUACGUUAUUUCGUGCGAUUAUUUUAAUGAAGUUCAGGUCGAAAUCCAGCCGUACAUGAGGAAUGUUGUCGCCACAUGGAUGAUGGAGGUUUGCGAAGAACAAAUGUGCGAAGAGCAAGUCUUCCCUUUGGCUGUGAAUUUCAUGGAUCGAUUUUUAAGCGUCUGUGUGAUAAAACGUCAGCAGCUUCAGUUAUUGGCAGCUACCUGUUUACUAAUCGCUUCCAAAAUUCGAAGCAGCACCAUUCUAACCAUCGAUCUACUUUGCGCCUACACCGACUACAGCAUCACCCACAGUCACAUCACGUCGUGGGAGCUGUUGGUCUUAUCAAAACUGCAAUGGAACGCCGCCGCCAUUACCGGAUUCGAUUAUAUUGAUCAUAUAACAGAUCGUUUUGCGUGGGGCAGCGAAAGUACCUACUUGAGGCGGCACGCUCAUACUUUGGUCUCCAUUUGCUAUACCGAACCUGCCCUCAUACAGGUGGCGCCCUCCUUAAUCGCCUCCGCAUGCAUUUGCGCCGCCAUGCGAGGGCUACGCAUGUCCUCGACCACCACCGCCACCGUCGAUAUAUGUAACCUCCUCAACGUCGAUCCCGAAAGUUUAGAAAAUCUGCGAGUAUUCAUAGACCAAGCGGUCGAAAAGGGCAUACCGCCAUCGUCGCAAAAGGCCAACACUUAUCCCAACUCAAACUCGUGUUCGAACGCCGCAUUCGAAAGUCCGAAAUAUGGCCAGCCGGAAACCCCGCCGGACGUCGAAAACAUUUAUUUUUAAACACUGUUACGUUAAGAUUUGUUAUCUUUCCAAAAAGUUUUGUUGAGACCCCCCUGCGAGUUGGAAUAAAAAUUGGCAUGUUUGUAAAACGCCACCAGUUGGUCUGAACGAAUGUUCAUGUUAUUGAUAUGUAGUUUCAAUUUUAUAGAAAGUCUAGUUCCGUUUGUAUUUGUUAAUAAUAAAAUUAGUAUAAUUCAAAACCAAAAAACUAGAUAGUAGUGUUGUACUCAUGCCAUGCGGAUUUCUUUUCUUGGCGUUAACUAGUAAAAUACAAGUUAUGAUCUCAUUGUUUACCAGUAUAGAUAAAAGAUUAAGGUGCUUUAAUAAAGUGCCUAUAGUUAGUGUUAAGGUUAAAUUAUUAACAUAUAUUCUACACUACGAUCUCAUUGAUCUUAUGAAAGCAUUUUCUCUAAUUUUUCAUAUUUAAAUAUAUGUAACUAUUUUCUCACGUCCUUCUUGUAGCCAGUAUUAGCAGUAUGUAUAUAUUUAAAAAUGGGAAAGAAAUGCUUUUAUUAGAAACUACAUUUAAUCCAUAAUAUAUAAUCCUUAGGUUACUCUCAUUCUGUGAUUGAUACACUAAACAGGUUAAAAGUUUAAUAAUGAAUAAAUUACAGGUUUCGAA